CUUGUAUGUGAUGUUGCGGAUCGAGUCUACAUGGAUCUACAGAUGCUUUUUGUGCACUUGCAGUAGGCACGCACAGAUACUUUGCACUUGCAGAGAACAAAUGUCCACAACAGCAUGGCAAGCACACUAUCUCUGUCUCAUAUAUCGUCUGGUCUUUUCCUCCUUGGAGCAAGCGAGCAAGGGAUUGCCCCAUCCUUACUACUUCACUUCGCGCACCCCUUCGACACCACCUUCAGUGACACCAACCUUAGACCCACUCCUACAACACUCUACGUAAAACCUCACGACUCAACCCUAAGCAUCCAAUAUCCACUUGUGUCCACAACACACAAUACUGCAUCUUUACCUAAACAUCUUAGUCCACACCUGCGUUUGCCCACCCACCCAACUUCUCCUCCCCCUCCCCCUCCCCCUCCCCCAACGCCACAAGUCCCAAGCCAAGCCCUCCCAGGCCUAGCCACACCUGCUCUCUUCCAUGGAUAGACCCUCCAAUAAACACUGGAACGUUGCGAGUCAAACGCCGCUCGCUCGCGGAAAGAAAAGCGGCACGGACCGAAAAGGCGACUGGCCGACUUGUUAGGCUCUGUAGUCAACCACGCCGCAACCGCGCAUGCAUGGCGUUGCGUUGGGACCCUGCGGGAUUUGCGGCACAACUAUAAUUCUCACACUAAUUGAAUGACUUCUUGGGUCGUCCUUCGCUUAGGGGAGGGAAGUUGGGUAAAUAGAAGGGUAAAUGUGGUGCAAGUUGCUGCAUAUCUUUCUUUGUAAACAUGGUGCUGGG